AUGCCGAAGCAUCAGUCGACGCAAAAUCGAGGAAGCACUAAUCGAUUGGAACAAAACCGGUCGGUUGAAUGUAGGGGUGUUGAUCGGGUAAAAUUUUCAGUUUCGGGUAAUUCGGGCCGGUUUUUUUUUUCUCUUUUUCUUGUGGAAUUUGAUCAUUGGUUGGAUUGUCAACUUCAAUCGUCUCAUCUUCUACUUCAAUAUAAUCAUCCAUUAGUGACGAAUACCAACGAAGAGCGGACGAGAUCACUGGAUAUGGCUGUUACCUCAGAAGGACACAACAAUCUAACAGAUGAUUACCCUUUGCUCAUAGAUCACACAGAAAACCAUGAAAACCACCAUUUUAUUGAUGUGGAAAGUGGAAGCUCUGAUGCAUCAUCAUCAGGGUCAUCUCAUGAUUCUACUCCACCUCCAUCAAAUGGAUCAAAUCCACCUGGCAGGAGGGGCGAAAGGUGGAAUCCAUUCAACACAUUAUUAUGGAUUUCAAUCGAGUUAUUAUUCACAUUAGGACAAAUUAUUUCUGCCAUUGUUGUCUUAUCAAUCUCACAACAUGAAAACCCACAAAACCCUUUGUUUGCUUGGGUUAUUGGCUAUGCCGCCGGCUGUGCUGCAUGUCUACCACUUCUAUACUGGCGGUACCUUCACCGGAAUCAAGCUUCCGGGCAGCGGGCAGCUCAACUCGGGCAGCCACAUUCAGAAAGGAACCCUCCACCAGAACCAAAUUCUUACAUCACAAUCUCAUUUUCUCCCUCUUCAGAAGAACAAACUCGUCAAACUACUACUACUACAACAUCUUCAGAUGCUUGGAAUGGUUUAAAUGUAGUCGGUUCAAAUGUCAGGGUUAAUAUGCUAGUGGACCAUUUAAAGAUGGCUGUGGAUUGCUUCUUUGCUGUAUGGUUUGUAGUUGGCAAUGUUUGGAUCUUUGGAGACCAAUCAUCUUCUGUUGAUGCUCCCAAUUUGUACAGGUUAAGUAUAGUUUUCCUUGCAAUAAGUUGUAUAGGGUAUGCAAUGCCUUUCAUUUUAUGUGGAAUGAUAUGUUGUUGCUUUCCUUGUAUUGUUUCUAUCCUUGGAAUCCGUGAGGAUAUGAAUCAAAUCAGAGGAGCAAGUCAAGACUCCAUUAAUGCUCUUCCAACACAUAAAUUCAAACUGAAGAGAACUGAGAAAAAUGAUUCAGGAGUUGAUGAAGGUGGGGUUGUAAAUGAACGCCCUAUCUCUGGAGAAGAUGCUGUUUGUUGUAUUUGUUUGGCUAAAUAUAGAGAUGAUGAUUUGUUGAGGGAGCUUCCAUGCACACAUUUUUUUCAUACAGAAUGUGUUGAUAAAUGGCUGAAAAUCAAUGCAUCGUGUCCUUUAUGCAAGUUUGAGAUUUGUACCCAACAAUGAUAAACUGUUGACAAAAAUCAUGUUACCAUAUUUUUUUGUAAUAUCAAAUCAGUUGAUGAAGGAUUGAUUGAUUCUGGAUUGGUGUACAACUUUGACAACACGAGGUACAUGUGAGUUGUCACCCACAUGCUUUUUUUAAUGUCUGGGAAAUGAAGAUGAAGUUAUGUCUGAUGAAAUUGCAUUUUCCCAAGUGUUGAUAAAUUGUGGAGAGGGUUCUUGAACUACGGGUGUUGUGUUUGUGUGUUGAAACUUCAAAGUUAAAAGUGAUGGGGGUUGUAAAGUUUGUAUGAAUGACUAAUGAAGUGAAUGUAAGUGUAAUUAUUAUUUAUGGAUGUUUAUUAUGUUGUCUUGUCACAAAUGUUGAGAAAAUGCAAAAUGAACAUGACGAUUUGUGGCAGUGAUAUGAUCAUUGUUGCAUUUUUAAUCUUUCAUAAUCUAGAAUUUUUCCAAUAGAAAGCGAAGAUCAUUGUUGGAAGAGGUGGAAGGUGUAGUCGUGAAUCUUAGGGAUAUUUGAUUUUGGCAAAUUGGUGGAAUUUAAUUUCGUC